AUGCUCAUCUAUAAAGAUGCUUUCACAGAGGAUGAACUUUGUUCUGAUUCAUUUCCAAUGAAACUUAUUGAUGACUUUGUUUAUGAAUUUAAGGGAAAACAUGUCGUUCGUAAAGAAGGAGAAAUUCUUCUUGAUGGAGCUAACCCAUCAGCUGAAGGUGAAGAAAUGGAUGAUGGAUGUGAUGAACAUGUUGAACGUGGUAUUGACUUCGUUCUUAAUCAUCGUCUUGUUGAAAUGAAUUGUUAUGAAGAUGCUUCAACAUUCAAAUCAUAUGCUAAGUCUUUUAUGAAGAAGACCCUUGAUCUUAUGCAAAAAAAUGGAAAAUCUGAGGAUGAGAUUAACACAUGGAAAAAGAAGGCUCAAACUUGGAUUUCAUCUCUUAUUGCUAAAGAUCGUUUCAAGAAUCUUGCUUUCUUCAUUGGUGAGAACAUGGCUGAAGGAAAUGGUGAAGGUCAAGUUGCUAUUGUUGAGUACAGAGAUGAAGACGGAAGUGAAGUUCCUGUUCUUAUGUUGGUUAAGGAAGCUAUUGUCACAGAGAAAAUUUAA